GCAAGCAACUGUUUGAACACGUCGGCAAACGUUGAUCUCCUACACCAUCUCCACGACGCUCAAAUUUCAGGACCAUCAUUUGGAGAACUGCAGCACGUUGCUGGAGGAUAUAGGAGUGGACACGUCAAAACAUGAAUAUUUUUCGGUUGUUCGGGGAUUUGGCCCACUUGGCCUCCAUAUUCAUCCUUAUUCAGAAGAUUCAGAAGACCAGGUCAUGCAGGGGUAUUUCCUUCAAGACACAGGCUCUCUACGCCCUUGUGUUCAUGACACGCUACAUCGACCUGUUGUUCCGCUGGGUAUCUGUUUACAAUUUCGUGAUGAAGGUUUUCUUCAUUAGCAGCAGUUGUUACAUCCUCUACCUCAUGAAAUACCGUUUCCGUCCAACGCACGACCCCUCCAUUGACACGUUCAAGAUUGAAUACCUCCUUGGGCCAUCCUUCUUUCUUUCGCUGAUAUUCAACUACGCGUUCGAGCCAAGUGAAAUCCUCUGGACAUUCUCCAUAUAUCUCGAAUCUGUCGCCAUUUUCCCCCAGUUGUUCAUGUUGCAGCGUACUGGCGAGGCGGAGACAAUUACAACGCACUACCUGGCCGCUCUGGGUCUUUAUCGUGCUCUGUACCUUCCCAACUGGAUAUAUAGAUACUUUACGGAGGACGUGGUGGAUCCCAUAGCUGUCACAGCUGGACUGGUGCAAACCGGGCUUUACCUCGACUUCUUCUACGUCUACUUUACAAAAGUCCUCCACGGCCAGAAGUUCGAACUUCCGGCAUGAGUUGGCAUAUUUUGGUCUAUCAGAGUCCGAUAUGUCAUUAAUCAGAGCCUUGCCUGUUACAAACCGCUCAAGGACAUUCAUGCAUGCUUCGGGGACCAUAGAAUUUUGCAGUGCAUAGCAAACGAGAUAUUUGAGUCACUGGCUCUAGUCUGUUAAUGAUGAUGAUGACACGUAUUUGGCCAUGUGGCCUAAGCAUAUUACGUGUCUCGGCUAAAUCGGCGUCAGGUUCACUGCAGGUCGCCCCAUCGAGGGGUCCAUCGAGCCAUGGUUUCGAACCAUUAAUCUCAGUGAUGAUGAUCAUCGUUAUAAUCAGUGUGCACCACAGUGUCCUCGACGCUGGGGACAAUGCCGAGCUUGCGGUUUAUAUG